AUGCCCAACCAGAAGAGCAGCAAGGGGAAGAAGAGCAGACGCACCAACAGCAGCGGAGAUGAGCAGGAAAAUGGAGCCUGCGCGGCCCCCCCCGCCGCCGCCGCUGCUGCCGUUACCGCGGCGGGGGGGGGCGCGGCCGGGGCCGGGGCCGGGGCCGCCGCCCAGCCCGGGACCAGCGACCGCCCCAGCGAGGUCCAGUGCGCCACUCCUCUGGGCUGCAGCCUGGGCCGGCCCAUCCACCUGGAGAAGGACGACUACCAGCGGGUGCUGUGCAACAACGAGCUCUGCGCCUUCGGCAACUGGAUGCACCUGCAGUGCUUCUACGAGUGGGAGAGCUCCAUCCUGGUCCAGUUCAACUGCAUCGGGCGCGCCCGCUCCUGGAACGAGAAGCAGUGCCGGCAGAACAUGUGGACCAAGAAGGGCUACGACCUGGCCUUCAGGUUCUGCUCCUGCCGCUGCGGCCAGGGCCACCUGAAGAAGGACACCGACUGGUACCAGGUCAAGCGCAUGCAGGACGAGCGCAAGAAGAAGCCCUCGGAGAGGAGCGCCUCCGGCCGGACCGGGGCCGGGGGGGCGGCCGGAGGCUCCAGGGAGGGGCUCUUCGAGGAGCCCCGGAAGAGCAAACCCACCGGAGGGCCGGGUGGGGUCAAGCCAGCUCACCGGGCGUCCAGCCAGGAUCUGCCCCGCAGGCACUCGGUGGACCGGCAGAACUCGGCGGAGAGGGGGGGCGCUUUGGGAGGGGGACACGCGCCCGGGGGGCCUUUCCCUCUCGGGCCCUCUCAGAAAUCUCCGUGCGACUCCCCGGGACAGUCCCCCCCGACCAGCUUUACCUUUUCCCAAAGUCCCUCCCUGGGUCCGGCGGGCGGGGCGGCCGGCCUGCGGGGGUCCCGGCAGCUGGGGGAGUUCCUCAAGUCGGCCGUCCACAUGGACCCGCAGAGGAAGCAGCUGCUGAUGGGGGGGGCUCUGGGUCGGGGGGGCGGCUGCUCUUUCGGGGGCUCCGGCGGUGGGGGCGGGCCUCACCUGGACCCCGGCUCCGUCCUGCCCCUCCAGCUGUCCUUCGCCCUGCCGCUCCACCACCGGCUCGCCGCCGGGGGGGGCGGCGGCGGCGGGGGGGGGGAGGCGGCCCACCCGCACCCGGUGCAGUUCCUGAGGCGGCUGGACCUCUCGGAGCUCCUCACCCACGUCCCCCGCCACAAACUCAACACCUACCACGUCCGCAUGGAGGACGACGCCCAGGCCGGCCAGGGGGAGGAGCUGCGCAGGUUUAUCCUGUCUGCCCUCAGCGCCAGCCAGAGGAACGUGGUCAACUGCGCGCUGUGCCACCGCUCGCUGCCUGUGUUUGAGCAGUUUCCCCUGGUGGACGGGACGCUGUUUCUCAGCCCCUCGCGCCACGACGAGAUCGAGUACGACGUUCCCUGUCACCUUCAAGGUCGGUUGAUGCACCUGUACGCCAUCUGCGUGGACUGUCUGGAGGGCGUCCAUAAGAUCGUGUGCAUCAAGUGCAAGUCGCGCUGGGACGGGAGCUGGCACCAGCUGGGCACCAUGUACACCUACGACAUACUGGCCGCCUCGCCCUGCUGCCAGGCUCGUCUCAACUGCAAGCACUGCGGGAAGCCGGUGGUGGACGUUCGAGUGGGGAUGCAGUAUUUCUCCGAGUACAGCAACGUCCAGCAGUGCCCUCACUGCGGCAACCUGGACUAUCAUUUUGUUAAACCCUUCUCCUCCUACAAAGUGCUCGAGGCUUAUUGA